CCUGCUGCGACUCACGGCACUGGGCACUGGCUCUGUUUACUGGAAGCCUGCUCCGGUGAAUCAAGCAAGUCUCUCAAUGCUGUGAGCGGUAUCUUUUCCCAAACGCGAGCCGCUUUAACUUUGCAGUACCAUUGAACCUCAUUCUCUCGUCCAGGGGAACUCGGCGUGGAUUGACAUCAACUGCAGUCUCCUUUUUUUCUGCAGAGAACAGGUUUCACUGCCUGUUCGCUCUUCUUCCCUCUGUCUCUUCGGGUUUCUACUCUGUGGAUUGUUGCUUUGACUCCAGGCGAACAGGGGAGCAGAGAUUAAAUGCUCAAGCAGAACUGUUGAUGAGUUAAGACUGAGCAGCACCUUGUCAUGGAAGAGUAUGUCCGGUCUGGGGGAAUGUAUGGGCUGAAAGACGAACCAGCUGCCUGAUAAAGCCCUAUCUGUCCCAGAUAAGUGGAGCAUGCAUCAGAACUGCAGAGAUUCUCUCCACACUGCUGUGUUCUGAUCUGCAGAGGAGUUCCUGUUACAAUACUGCCUGCUUUCUACACACAGCUAUUGUCCAACAGAUUUUUCUCUGCCUCUGACUUCAUCGCAUUUAUCGUGACUGUUUUCUCAGAAAGGUGAGAGGAUCAAGGAUGAACAUCUUUGAGAGCUGUUUGCCUGGACUUUAACCCCCAGUCAUCGCUACCAAAUCAUGCAGAGACCAUCCACACAAGGCACAAUGGCAUGCUCUCUGUGGAAACUACCAACCUUCUGCUGGCUUAUUGCAAUGGCCCUAAUACAGUCUUCAGAGGGGUUUAUCCGGGCUGCCCUGCCGUUCGGCUUAGUGAGGAGAGAGCUGUCUUGUGAGGGUUAUCCGAUCGACCUACGCUGUCCAGGAAGUGAUGUCAUCAUGAUUGAAAGUGCCAACUACGGCCGAACUGACGACAAGAUCUGCGACGCUGACCCCUUCCAGAUGGAGAACAUAAACUGCUAUCUCCCAGACGCCUACAAGAUCAUGUCACAAAGGUGCAACAAUCGAACCCAGUGCAUAGUGAUCACAGGUUCUGAUGUCUUCCCAGACCCCUGUCCAGGGACCUACAAAUAUCUGGAGGUCCAGUAUGAGUGUGUUCCCUACAAAGUGGAGCAAAAAGUUUUUGUUUGUCCUGGGACCCUGAAAGCUGUCGGUGAUCCUUCCUUUCUCUUUGAAGCGGAGCAGCAAGCCGGGUCAUGGUGCAAAGACCCUCUACAAGCCGGUGACAAAAUCUACUUCAUGCCUUGGACUCCUUACCGGACAGACACACUCAUUGAGUACUCUUCCCUCGACGACUUCCAAAACGCCCGGCAAACCAUCACGUACAAGCUCCCCCACCGGGUGGAUGGCACUGGAUUUGUGGUCUACGAUGGGGCCGUGUUUUUCAACAAGGAGAGAACCCGCAACAUUGUAAAGUUUGACAUACGGACCCGAAUCAAAAGCGGCGAGGCCAUCAUCAAUAACGCCAACUAUCAUGACACAUCACCCUACAAGUGGGGUGGGAAAACGGACAUUGACCUGGCCGUGGAUGAGAACGGCCUGUGGGUGAUCUACGCCACAGAGCAGAACAAUGGCAUGAUGGUCAUCAGUCAGUUGAACCCUUACACACUGCGCUUCGAGGCCACCUGGGAGACGACGUAUGACAAGCGAUCGGCCUCAAAUGCCUUCAUGAUCUGUGGAGUACUCUACGUAGUGAGGUCCACAUAUGAAGAUAACGAGAGUGAAGUCAGCAAAAGCUUAAUAGAUUAUGUUUACAAUACCAAACAGAACCGUGGAGAGUAUGUAGAUAUCCACUUUCCCAACCAGUACCAGUAUAUCGCAGCUGUGGAUUACAAUCCCAGAGAUAACCAGCUAUACGUGUGGAAUAAUUUUUACAUCCUGAGAUAUAAUCUGGAGUUCGGACCACCCGAUCCCGCUCACGCUCCACCUCUCUCCGAAGCGACCUCGGCGUCGGCUGAGCCUCUCCGAACGACAACCACCACAACAACCACCACAGCAGCACGCAACAAAGGCGUAGCAAACACCAUGACCACAACAGGGCCCAAGGAGGGUAACAACAGAGUAGGGCCCAAACCCCCUCUGGAGGUUCCCCAGACCACCGCCCAGCCGCCCCUGGAGUCCUUCCCCCUACCAGAGCGCUUCUGUGAGACCACGGAAAAGAGGGACAUCGUGUGGCCUCAGACCCAGAGGGGCAUGUUAGUAGAGAGGCCUUGCCCCAAGGGGACCCGAGGCACCGCCUCUUAUUUAUGUGUACUUGCCACGGGGGCCUGGCACCCAAAGGGCCCUGAUCUCAGCAACUGCACUUCCCACUGGGUCAACCAAGUAGCGCAGAAGAUCCGUAGUGGCGAGAAUGCAGCGAACCUGGCCAACGAGCUGGCGAAGCACACCAAAGGACCCAUCUUUGCCGGCGACGUGAGUUCAUCAGUCCGACUGAUGGAACAGCUGGUCGACAUCCUGGAUGCUCAGCUUCAGGAGCUGAGACCCAGCGAGAAAGACUCUGCGGGCCGCAGUUUUAACAAGCUUCAAAAACGAGAAAGGACAUGCAGGGCAUACAUGAAGGCCAUUGUAGACACAGUUGACAACCUUCUAAGACCAGAGGCUCUGAAGUCCUGGCAUGAUAUGAACAGCACGGAACAGACACAUGCUGCUACUAUGUUACUGGAUACCCUAGAGGAAGGAGCGUUCGUCCUUGCCGACAACCUAAUGGAGCCGGCUAUUGUGAAAGUACCCGCUGAUAAUAUAAUCCUGGAUGUGUAUGUGCUCAGCACGGACGGCCAGGUUCAGGAUUUCAAAUUUCCACAGGCCAGCAAGGGUGGUGUUUCUAUCCAGCUGUCCUCCAAUACUGUCAAGCUCAACAGUCGGAAUGGUGUUGCCAAGCUGGUGUUUGUUAUGUACAAAAACCUUGGGCAGUUUCUCAGCACUGACAACGCCACGAUCAAAAUGUCCAACGAUGCUUAUGGGCGGAAUGUGUCGGUGGCCGUAAAUUCAGACAUCAUCGCCGCCUCUAUCAACAAAGAGUCCAGUCGCGUGUUCAUCACGGACCCUGUGAUUUUCACCCUGGAACACAUUGACAUGGACCACUACUUCAACUCCAAUUGCUCCUUUUGGAAUUAUUCGGAGAGGAGCAUGAUGGGAUACUGGUCCACCCAGGGCUGCAAGCUCUUGGGCUCCAAUAAGACCCACACCACCUGCUCCUGCAGUCAUCUCACCAACUUUGCAGUUCUCAUGGCACAUCGGGAAAUCUCGGGCCAAGUUGGAGUGCACAAAUUACUCUUGACUGUCAUCACCCGGGUGGGCAUCGUUGUCUCGCUGGUGUGCUUGGCCGUCAGCAUUUUCACCUUCUGCUUCUUCCGGGGCCUGCAGAGCGAUCGCAACACCAUCCACAAGAACCUGUGCAUCAAUCUCUUCAUUGCCGAGUUAAUAUUCCUAAUCGGUAUUGAUAUGACCGAACCCAAGGUUGGCUGUUCCAUCGUCGCUGGGAUUUUGCAUUUCUUCUUCCUGGCCUCGUUUUCCUGGAUGUGUUUGGAGGGCGUUCAGUUGUACCUGAUGAUGGUGGAAGUUUUCGAGAGUGAACAUUCAAGGAAGAAGUACUACUAUGUAUCUGGAUACCUUCUCCCAGCCAUUGUGGUGGGUGUCUCUGCUGCUAUCGACUACAGGAGCUACGGGACAAAGAAAGCUUGCUGGCUAAGAGUGGACAAUCACUUCAUAUGGAGCUUUUUAGGACCUGUCACCUUCAUCAUCAUGCUCAAUCUCAUCUUCCUGGUCAUCACCAUGUACAAAAUGGGGAAGCACUCCACUACUCUGAAACCAGACUCCAGCAGAUUGGAGAACAUCAAAUCCUGGGUCCUGGGGGCGUUUGCACUGCUUUGCCUGAUGGGACUGACGUGGUCAUUUGGCUUGUUCUUUAUCAACGAGUCCUCUGUGGUGAUGGCCUACCUCUUCACAAUAUUCAACACCUUCCAAGGAAUGUUCAUCUUCAUUUUCCACUGCCUUCUCCAGAAAAAAGUCCGCAAAGAGUACAUCAAAUGUUUCCGCCACACAUAUUGCUGUGGUGGCUUACCAACUGAGAGCUCACACAGCUCAACAAAGACCUCCACCACAAGGACAAGUGCACGCUACUCCUCGGGCACGCAGAGCCGUAUCAGGAGAAUGUGGAAUGACACCGUAAGAAAGCAAUCUGAGUCCUCCUUUAUCUCAGGUGACAUCAACAGCACCUCCACCCUUAACCAAGGAAUGACGGGCAAUUAUCUUCUAACAAACCCUCUUCUUCGACCACAAGGCACUAACAACCCUUAUAACACCUUACUGGCUGAAACAGUCGUAUGUAACGCUCCCAGGGCUCCAGUGUUUAACUCUCCAGUGACCUACAGAGAGACAAGACACUCACACACACUGAACCAUCCCAGGGACACCAGUGCAAUGGAUACUCUACCGCUAAAUGGUAACUUUAACAAUAGCUACUCGCUUCGCAACGGGGAUUACGGCAACAGUGUGCAGGUGGUGGACUGUGGACUCAGCCUGGAUGACGCAGCCUUUGAAAAAAUGCUAAUAUCGGAGCUGGUACACAAUAACCUCCGGGCUUGCAACAAGAGCCACAACCACCAUGUGGAGCGGGGGGCUCCUCUUCCUCCAUCGUCCAAGAAGGUGCACGUGGUGGGCGGGAGCAGCAGCGAAGAUGACGUCAUCGUGGCUGACACCUCAUCUUUGGUGCACGGCCACAAUAUCAACACACCGGUGGGCCUGGGUAUAGAGCUGCACCACCGGGAGCUGGAGGCCCCGCUCAUUCCCCAGCGGACUCACUCACUUCUGUACCAGCCGCAGAAGAGAGUGAAGACCACUGAGGGGGGUUUGGAGAGCUACGUCAGCCAGCUCACGACCAACGAGCACGGGGACAGCCUACAGUCCCCAAACAGAGACUCUUUGUACACUAGUAUGCCCACCCUAAGGGACUCUCCAUACCCCGAGAGCAGCCCUGAUGCGGAGGAGCUGGAGGACCUCUCGAGCCCCUCUAAGAGGAGCGAGAACGAGGACGUUUACUACAAGAGCAUGCCUAACUUAGGAGCAGGACACCAGCUCCAAGCGUACUACCAGAUAAGUAGAGGAAACAGUGACGGUUACAUCAUCCCUAUUACUAAAGAGGGCUGCAUCCCUGAAGGAGAUGUACGGGAAGGACAGAUGCAGUUAGUGACAAGCCUUUAAAAUAUAUUUAAAUCAUCGUCCCCUGUCCGCAGUCCCGACAUCCUCGAGGACAAACAGUACUGUACUCUGAGAGAUGCCAGGGAAGUUUUUUUCAAAGAGCCUUAGAGCCCCCAACAUGCACGCACGCACGCACACACACUCACACACACACUCAGUCACUCCUCUCCCCCCAGACUCGCCACACCCCAUCCUCCUCACAAACCAACAGACUUAAGUGCACUGCGAUGGCAGUGCGACAUUACCCCGACCGCUGGAGUGGAGUUUUAAACAGACUGUAUAUAAAAUGCAGAGUUCAAUUUAAGACACAUGCCAUUUCCGUAUUUAAUUAUUCUGCUGCUGUUGCAUUUUAAAAAAGGAUAUAAAAAACGAUUUAAAAAAUGUUAUCGGCCAAUCCAGUUCAGCAGUUUUUUCUGGCCAAAGGUUGUACAUACACUCCCACCAUCCUUGUCAAGCCUGUUUCGUAUUACAUAGAAAAUGAAGCUCUCGGACCAGGAUAAGGAUUUAUUUGUUUGAUGGUGUUCCUGAUCAGACUAUUAAUUAGGAAUAUAAGGUCCUGGAUCCUAGAGUUGUCCCCAUCACCAUGAAGGUUGGAUUAACCACUAGCAAUCAAGCCCCAGGCCUUAUAUUUUCUCAAUUGAGCUGUUGUCAAGGGAAAUGGCAAAAUUAAUAUAUAUUUUGCUAGUGUAAAGUAAAAUUCAUGGAAACCCGUAAAUAUAAAGAAACCUUUUAAUUGAAAAUGUAGAGAAUAUUGUGUAAAAGUUGCACAUAUGUUAUAAAAUGUGUUUAUAGUUCUUACACUCAUUCAUUAUCGUAUAUUUGAACAAAAAAAGCAGAUGAAAACAAAAUAAGUCUACAAAGAACAAGGUUAAUGCAUACUAAUUUUUUCCACUUGUGAAGUGUUUUUCCAUACUGAAUUCAUAUACAGUAUGUUGUCCAUUUGAAAUUGCUAUGAUUUUAUAUUGCUAAAAGGUCGUUAUUUUAGUAAAGUGGGAAUACAACAGUGCCCUAUGAAAGUCAUGCAAUACCAUUUUCUGGGGGGUGAAUUUGAUUUAAAUAAUCUAAUCGGAUAAACAAUCAUGACAUAGAAAUGGGACACACAAGACUUAACAUCCACUCGAGAUAAAACAUUUACCAUAACAUUUUUAUUCAUUAUACAUGUAUUUCUUCUGCCUGGGUAUGGACAUUUAUUUAUUGAAAUAUUUUCAAAAGAUUAUACAUUGGAAAAUGUAAUAUUUUCCAGCACUGGUAUACAUAGUCCUUCUUUUUAUGUAAACAUGCUAUUAAGGGGCCCAUCAAUAAAGACAAAUGUAAAGUUCAACACCUGUUUAACAAAUAAAUAAAUGUGAGAUUUUUUUGUAAAAUGACAGUUUUAUUAAUGUUUUGUGUUUUUGUACCAUUGGAGAACUUUUAGGCUUGAUUAUUUUGCUAUGGACAAAAUACACUUUUGACUCAAGUCUUGAGUACAUCCCAAGCACCUUGGAAGGUUAUCAGUGAUAUAUUUUCAGAGGGAUUGCUUUGCUUUUGUUUUCUAUCAAAGACUUUGCCUAUUAGUCAAGCUCAUUUCACCUUAUGUGUUGAUAAGCCAAAUCUUUCCAUGUGAUUCAAUUAUGAGAAACUCAGGUAGGAAAAUUACAUUGUAAAUGUUCCUCUGUGUGGUUGUAACACUCCAAUAAAAGUUCGAAAAUUACA